ACAUCGAGCUUCAUUCCUCGAAAUUAGAAGAAUAAUUGUAGUUUCGUGCAACUACUCGCUAAUCAUACACAAUAGUUUAAAGUAAUAAAAAAAUAACACAGGUAAAAUAAAAUCCUAAACUGGUAUCCCCAAGCAAUCGUCAUAACGGUCGCUCGUUCAAACUUCAUUCGUGUUUUAGUGCUUCGCUAGUCUACACGUAAAUUCAAAUUCUACCCGUCUUGCAAAGAAAAUGCCGAAAAGGAGUAGUGACGAAGACUGUGAUGAAUACAUUAGGCGCAAGAUGAGAAAAAUCGAAAAGAAAUUGCGCAAACGCAAAAAGCGUUCUCGUCGUAUAUCUUCGGAUAGCAGCGACUCGAGGAUGGAAUGUGCCUCGCCCGUGCUAUCAAUAAGCGAAGAUGGCCCAGGACCGCAGUUAUCGGAGGCCGUGGUUUCGACCGAACAUCUCGGUUUACCCACACUUGGCGUGGACUUAGAACCCGCCCCAGCGCUUUCCCCGCCGGCUGAUCCAAGUACCGAGGAAUGUACGCUAGAUAAUGAUAUUCUCGAGAUGUUAGGCGCAUCUCCGUUAGAAUCAAAAAAGACUGGAGAUAACAUCCAGAAGGACAUUGCGUUACGAUGGGAGCAUAUUGCUACUUCAGGCCUCUCAAAAGACGCCCGGAAGGAACUUUUAGAUAAACAUUUAGUUCCUGGAAAUUCUUCAAAGAUUGGCACCCCGAUUUUGAAUCCUGAAAUCAAAGCCGCGUUAUCAGACACCAUGAUUGGCAAAGACAAGGUUUCCCAAAGCAAGCAAUCGCAGGUAGCGUCCGUCAUUGCUUGCAUCGGAGAGGCUCUCACCAAGAUUUUUCAGUCUGAUCAUAAGGAUACCUCAGUGAUAAGACCUCUUCUUGAAGGCGCUCAACUUCUCUGCGAUUUACAACACUACGAGUCGAUGAAAAGGAGAAGCUUUAUAUGUGCAUCUAUUAAAAAAGAGAUCAAAAGCCAGAUUUAUGAGACAGGAAUCGACAAAUACUUGUUCGGUGAAAACUUGGCUGAUACUCUUAAGGCAGCUAAAGCCAUUAAUAAAUCCGGAACUGAAAUUAAGGCAACAAAGCCUAAAGCUGGAUCAUCACGCAGUCAGUCUCGUUCUUUAAACCCGAGACCUCAGCUGGCGAGUGGCAGGCAACCAGCCAAGAGGAGACAGGAGCCUGCUGCAUACGCGCAGACCCCUGCCCCAUUACCAUUCCCGGCUACAUCGCAGUGGCGCCAGUAUCCAGCGCAGCCGCCACCGCUGCCGCCGCCUCCUCCACCGCCCCCACCGCCUCCGCCACCACCGCAGUCGCAGCAGCGGCCCAAACAACGCCCGUAUCAACGUCGUUAG